UAGUACGUGAGUGCGCGCGCGCGUGCGUGCAGCUUGUUUGUAGGGAAGUAUGAAGAGGCAGGCUUGCUGGAUGGCUGGCUGGCUGGCCUGGCAGGCUGGCUGGAAGACUGGCUGGAGGAUCGCAUGAGUCGAGCGGCUGCCAGUCGGCCCUGUGCCAGUGCGAGUAGUGCGGCUCGUGACGUUGUCGCGCUUCCCUAAGGAUUUUCGCGUCUUCUACUCGACGAUUUCCAUAUUGGAAAUGCAGCCGGAAACUUGGCCUGAUUCGGACGUCCCGUUACACGAAGGCGUUGCGUCGUUUCCCAGUGCACGUUGAUGCCGUCAUCACGGCCCGUGUUCAUUGCAUUUCUCUCUUGUGUGUGUGUCUCUUCUUCUUACAUGUGUCUCUACGUACGUGUGCUUCGUGCGUGUAGUUGUGUAUGUGCGCGCGCGUGACAAGACGCUCCUUGAAGGAUUGGUAAACUGAACUUUGACCUUCCCAGGUUCUACCUCUUUCUCCUUUUUCAUCUCUUAAUCCUGAUGCUGAUAUCCUAAUUCCCCUCCUGCUAUUCAUUUAAUUUGCCAUUUGCCUCUCCACUCGAAUCUCCUCCGACUACUGUUGCUCCUUUGUCAUGCCUUUGGCAGUGUAUUAAUAAGCAGAAGGUGUGCUCAUAAAUUCGUGCCAAUACUUUAGAAAGACUGCCGAUAGUUUGCGUUUUUCGGACGUCGACGGCGGGACGUCGAGUUUUUAUUAAAAUACUAAUGUUGGGCAUCGUGUGUCGUGUACGUGUCCUGAGUCCCGCGCUAGUUCCGCAUUACUAGUUUAGGUCUUAUGUCAGCAGCGGCGUUAAUGAGAGUGUUACAUGAGUGACGCGUCAGUAGAUCUAAGCAGCAAGAAUAAAGGCGAAAAAGGGUCGAAGGCCGCCGCUGUGGACAUGUCGCAGAGCGAAGGACCGAUUAGAGAGACGGUUAUAUCGUCAACUGGAAUGACGCUGGAAUGCGUUAGCUCGUCGACCUUAAUGACGCAAGAUAUCUGAGACAUCGGGAGAUAGAGACUGGCCGCCAAAGCGUUGAGGAAGGAAAAAGGAAAGAGAGGAAAGGAGGCUGUAGGACAGCGUGGAUCUGCGCCUACCUAAGAAUUCAUAUGCCUAUACACGCGCGGAAAACGGUAAAUCACGCCUGCUUUAUGAGUAAAAGAGAGAGAACGGGCAUUCGGCCGUAUCGUUUGCAUCUCCUUCUGUCCUUUAUUUGCCUUCCACCUUCUUCAGUUGUUCCCUUGAUCUCACUUUAGUAAGCGUGCAGCCUGCGAAGAAAUUGAAAUGGUCGAGCUCAGCGGAACCGGAAGCGGUCAGUCAAGUGGUAUGGGAGUCCUGGGGGUCCUGGGGGUCGGGCUAGGUGCGGUGUCCGCGGCGACGUCCUCCGCCUCGACGACGAGCACCACUGGCUCGAGUUCAGCCACGGCGCUGGGACGUGCCGGUGUCCUAGAGACGCAAGUGCGCGGUCAGUGGUACCGCGUCUUCGUUUCCCUCGAAGACGACUACCUCAGCAUCUCUCUCGACGAGAGCUGCGAGAACGCCGGCGCGCUCAACGGGAACAUCAACAACAACAAUAUCGACAGCCUUAACGAUCCGGACGUGCCGGAUUCCGUGGCCAAUCAGAAGAGGAUCGUUCGCGUGGUCAAGAGCGACAAUAACGGCCUCGGUAUUUCCAUAAAGGGCGGCAAGGAGAACAAAAUGCCGAUUCUCAUAUCGAAGAUCUUCAAGGGGAUGGCGGCCGAUGCGACGGAGCAGCUUUACGUGGGUGACGCCAUCCUGGCCGUGAACGGCGAGGAUCUGCGCGAGGCCACUCACGACGAGGCUGUCAAGGCGCUCAAGAGGGCUGGCAAGGUUGUCGAGUUGGAAGUUAAAUACUUGAGGGAAGUGACCCCAUACUUCCGGAAGGCCUCGAUCAUCCAGGAAGUCGGAUGGGAACUGCAACGAGGAUUCCUCAGCGCCACACCGCCCCCGCCAAAGUCACCCCCAAGGGCCGACACUCGUUAUCUACCCCUGCAGCUUUGCAGGCUCACAAGGGCACAUCCGUCCUCGGACCCCGAGGGCCGCAUCCUGGAGCUCCACUCGCCCGACGGCGUCCACGAGUGUUGGCUGAGGGCGAACGACAACGCGGAGGCGAACGUCUGGUUCAACGCGCUGCACUCGGCCCUGGCUGCGCUGACGCUCAAGGCUCUCAGACUGGCCUCGGUCUUGCCCGACCCUCCCCAGCUUCAGCACAUCGGAUGGCUCGCCAGGAGACAUUGCCUUCAGAAUGGCCGCGCCAGCAGCGAGAGCAGCGAGGAUGGAGCUGGGAGCAGUGCAAGCACUUCUCGAGGCGCCGGAAGUGGUUUCGGGUUGGGCGGCGGAUGCACUGGUGGAUGGCGCAGUGUCUUCGGAGCGGUUUCCGGUCGGGAACUCAGACUGUACGAGUGCGCUCCAUGGAGUCCCGAAGCAUGGGCGUCGCCCAGCAUCACCUGUCCUCUCAUUGCUACCAGGCUCGUCUCCUCGCCCAGCAGACAGACCGAGGCCAACAGCAGCAGUAGCGUCGCGACGCAGCAGCACGGCGCGGCUGCCUUCGCUGUGCGCGUGGGCACGAUCGACGGCGUCGUGACGCACCAUCUGCGUGCAGAGACACGAAGGGACCUGGCCGCCUGGGCCAGGGCCAUCGUGCAGGGCUGCCACGCGGCCGCGCACUCCCUCCGUGAAUACGCAGUCCGCUGCGUUUGGCAAGGCAGAGCCUGCCAGCUGGUCGUCAACCACGAGGAAGGCUUCAUGCUCUACGCAGCUGGGACGCGCGGCGUCGCCGGCAAUGGAAUCAGCCCAGGCUCCCCACCUACUCCUCUCUGGAGAAGGUCCUUCGACAAGCUCAGGAUGUCCGCGGACGACGGUGCUCGCCUCCUGUGGCUCGACUUUGGUGGCGACGACGGAGAAAUUGAACUCGACCUCGAGAGCUGCCCGAAGCCGAUAGUCUUUGUCUUGCACAACUUCCUGUCUGCAAAGAUUCACCGUUUGGGCCUGAGCGCAUAGGGGUACGAGGGGGCCCCGUCGGAGGCCCCCGACCUACCCCCACACACCACUAGGUCCGUAACUAGUGUCUUUCUGCAUUAAACAUUUGCCAGCCGCCAGCAGCAGCAGCAAGACGACGUCCAGCGUUCCGAGGGACGUGCCGAUGACCGCAGAAGCCACAAAUUAGUAAUCGGGAAGCAAGAAGCAAUAAUCUUUUGAGCGUGCUCUUCCUUCCUCUUGCCCCCCCCCCUCCCCCUAUUUCCUCACCGUUCUCUAGUGCAGCUGCUAAUUGAUUUUCGGCGUCUGCUGGUCAACGUCCAACGGUCUCCAGGAAACGCGGUCGCGUUUAAAAGCCAACGACAUAACUUAAGAAAGUAUAGCGACUGUAUCGUGGUCGAGGACUGCAUCGUGCAGGCUGUCCAGAGAUGUCACGAGAAUCGACACGAAGCCAUCCAGGAAGUGAAAUCGGAGAAAUCCGAGAAAAGAAGAAAACGAGAGAAGAUCGCUAAUAAUCAACGCGCCUAAUUAAUUAUCUAACUACUAACUAACGAAAAAGAGACAGACAGAUUAUCGAUAAAUAUUAACGAAUUAUUAUCCUAUGAAUAACGAUUGCGCAUUUGCAUGAUACUAUUAAUUCGGUGAAUAGCGAGUAAUUUAUUAAUGUGAAAACGUGUUUCUCACUGCUGCCGACUUUCGCGACUGCCGAGCCGCAAGACAGGAAGCUCAAAGCUCAAAGCUCAAAGCUCAAAGCUGGAGCCUCGAGGUUCGCUUCUCUCUCGAACUUCCUUCCGUCGCCCUCAGCGCGCACCGAGUCUGAGGAUUGCUUGGAUUUGGAUCCAGAUACGGACGUCUUACGUCUUACGUCUUACGUCUUUCCGCUUCCACUCAGCUUCCACUCCGCCUUCGGUGCAUUGGAGAUGCGCUCGCUGGGAAAGGUACACUGCACGAUGCGCUGUGGACGAAGGGAGGGAAGAGGAGGAAGAAGAAGGUGGAACCCUCGGCGGAAGUGACCGUCAAGUGACCGUUCCGCGCAGGAAGCGCAGUGGUAGCAGUGGUAGAAAUCUUUAGAAAUUUGGACACGCGAGACGCCGGACUCGGCCGAUCGCUGAAGGAUCGCGUCGUCCUCUGCAGGCAAAAGGGAAGGAAGGAGUCGAAGGGCCGAGCGUCUUCAGCGACGCCCGAUUCGUCAGUUCCGACGCCUGAUUUCUGGGAGGGCAGCUGCCUGCUGGAGGGUUAACGUCCAGCGGGGAAGGGGAACUGCGGGACGCGGAAGGAAGGAAGGAAGGAGAGAGACAAGGAAAUGUAGAAAAUGUAGAGGAAAGCGGACGAAGGAAAAGUCUCGCAGUGAGCCGCCUAGUUGUUUUGUACGGUUCGUAUCCUUACCAGCGCAAUGAAUAGUUAGAGGUCGCAGGGAAUCCGUGACGUCGGGGACGCUCGGAGAGGCAGCGAUAAUUAGUUAACGAAUAUUUGUUGAUAAAAUAACUAUACAUAAGGAUUCGGUGUAUAAAUACGUGGGGAAACGACGGCGUGAGAAAAGGAGGUGGUGGGGGAGGGGGAGGCGUCGUAGUUGUUGAAAUCGAUAAUUGGAAAAAGGCGAUAAGAAACGACGAAGGGAAUAAUCGCGCAGGUCGCCUCCUCUUACGUGGGCGCAAAUUGCCCUAGAGUUUAGUAGACAUAUCAACGAAGCUGCGUACAUACAUUGAUUGUCCAUUAUCUUCCACGUGACGUUCGCGAUAACCCGACCGACCCGACCGACCCGACCAACCCGGAAGGAGUUUAAUCGAUAUUCCAGCUGACUGCCUGACAGAAUUUCGCUCUCUAUCUGGCUCUAAUCCGACUGGACGCGGUGCGCCUGAUGCAUCGCACAUUGCGAUACCGUCGAACACUUCUCGUGCACUGCCUUCUCGGAUCAUUGCGUUUGCGCGAUUCUCCGGAGACAAAGGUCCUCCGCGAUCGAAGCCCCGAGAGUCAGGUGAUCGCGGACGACGCGUACACAAUUACACAUGCGUAGGAGCCACAUGCAUACGUAACUCAUUCUGACUAAGUUUAAGGGCGAUUAAGUUCGAGCGAACUGAACGUAUAAAUUCUGUAUUUUUCUAAUGAUUUAGCCUUUGCGAUCGAAUAACGAAUUUACGUGAAAUUACGUGAAUCGCAACGACUUCGAAUUGAAUUGAUCGGUAAAGUCCUUUUUCUCCUUUACGUUACACAUGUUGAUGUAUCUAUGAGUUACCAAAUAAACGAACGGUUAGGCAUCGAGUGGUUACCAA